GAAAGGCGAAGGCGGCGAGGAAGAGAAAAAAAUGGUGGUCCGGAUCAGGCUCGCGCGCUUCGGCUGCCGGAACCGGCCCUUCUACCGGGUCAUGGCCGCCGACAGCCGCUCCCCGCGCGACGGGAAGCACCUCGAGGUCCUCGGCUACUACAACCCGCUCCCCGGGAAGGAUGGUGGCAAGAGGAUGGGUCUCAAAUUCGACCGGGUCAAGUACUGGCUCUCUGUUGGGGCACAGCCAUCAGAUCCCGUGCAGCGUAUACUCUUCCGUGCCGGGGUUCUGCCUCCACCUCCGUUGCUAGCUAUGGGCCGUAAGGGUGGACAUCGUGACAGGAACCCCAUUCAUCCGAUGACUGGGCGUCCCUUGGAUCUUGAGGGUGUCACAAUUGUUGAUGAUCCCAAUGCUACUGAAGGUGAUGCUGAAGAACCUGCAGAACCUUCAUUGGAAGCGUGAUAAAUUUUCAUUUCUGGCUUAUGUAGUGGUGCUGCAAGACGAAGGAACUUGUUUAUCCUGCUUCGGAUAAGAUUAUGAGUGCGUAGCGUACAAUGUGGCAACAGUUUAGUCAUGUAUCUCUCCUUUUUUAUUUCUGGAAAUGCUGAGUCAUGAGUUAGCUGUCCCCAGUCUACUAUGUUGUCUCCUAAUAUGAUUCCUUUUGAAUGGAAUAUGAUGAUAUAAAUGACAACUUCACUGAACUUCUGAGUUCACCAAGUUGAAAAAUAAAUUGUUCCUUUA